AUGCGUCUACCCUCCUUCCUCAUCUGGUACAAGAAGCCAGAGUACAGAGACAUCAAAGAGUAUUCCACUCUCGUCGGCACCGGGAGGAGACCAAUCAGUCCCGAUGGUCGCGGCAAGAGUGCUAUCCCCUCCCGACUAAGACUGGAAAGGGUUCUGGAGAACAAGACAUGCAGCCCGAUGUCGCUAUACGAUUUCUACAUGUAUUUGAAGUAUAUCGAGUUCUCUCCCGAGAAUCUGGAGUUCUAUAUAUGGUACAAGAACUAUGAGGCCAGCUACACGAAAACAGCAGGCCACAAGGAUGAUGGCUCCCUCCACAGCGCCCCAGGAAGCACCAUUUCAGAUGAAAAGCAUCGUGGUAGACUCUCAACCGUCGAGGUCCCUGACUUCUCCUGCGACCCGGAAAUAGCGAAUGACACACUUGAGCGGAUCACUCAGCUCAUCAGUCCUGACGUGCCAUGCGCAACUGGAAAAUGCUCACCGAAACUUGGCAAACUAUCCAAAUCGUCACAGCAGACUCUUACCAGUACUAGUCACGAUACCACGGCUUCGCUUCCCCUGAGCACUACCGGUACUGGUAAUCGUGCAGAAAUCAAUGCUAUUACCAAAGCAUUCCUACUACCCGGGUCAGAGAAGGAGCUUAACAUCCCUCCUGCCAUGCGACAACAGGCCCUCAUCGAGCUACAAACGUCUUGUGACCCCAUCCACCUCCGUCCGGUUGCCGAGCAUGUAUACCUGCUUCUACGUAACUGCUCACAUCGUAACUUCGUCCGUCUUGGUGUCUCUAACGGGACUUUCGAGACGAUCUGCAUGGCAACUGGUCUCGGCAUCGUUCUCACAGUCGCUGCUUUCAUGUGCGUCUUGCUUCGCGCCUUCACUCCGCAUAUGGGUGCUCACAGCCGCUGGGAUACCUUCGCUGCGUGGCCGAUGUGGUGGCUGGGUAUAUCGCUCAUUCUCUCUGGUCUUCGCGGUAGCUGCUUCUUUCUUCUUCUCUUCUCUCGCCGCCAGCCGUUGCCGUGGGAGCGUUUCGACGACAGCGCCUCUUUGCUCUCUCAGCGCUCUGGUAUCAUGAAGUUCUUCUCGCGCUUGAUGAUAUUCGAUCGCAAGUGGAAGGUUCAGGAUGCCCAUCUGCGCAUGCUGCAACGAAAGAUCGUUGUACAGAGCUUGAUUGGCGGUGCGGUAUUUGCUAGUCUGGGCGUUUUGUUGUUCAUUUUCUUGCCAAUCUGGUCAGAGACUGUGUGA